AUGCCACAUACACAGUUUCGACUUCUAAAAGCCGCAGCCGAAGGAGGCUGUGAGAUCGCCAACCGCCUCUUUGCGCGUGUAUGGCAGUCAGAGGCGUUAAUAAAGAAACCUCAAGUCGCAUCUGCAGCCGUAUCCAGCCAAAAAAAGCCGACCGGAAAAAAGAAUAUUUCGGCAAAAAUACUGCAGGCUGAUGAUCUACCUAGGCAUAGUCCCUCUCAGCCUACACAGCCUGCCAGAUUUGCCAAAAAAUUGGAUAUCAAACCUUUAAGGACUAAUUCGAAGAAAGAAGACUCUCAGGAUACAAAUUACGAAGGCCUUUCACAUCGAUCUAGCCUUUGCCACACUAGUUUUCCUCUCACUCAUCUCCCAGAAAUUGCCAUCCAAGACUUCUCCAGCCACGGGCCAAUGGACCUUAUGCUCAACCAGCCUCACCCUAAUGAUGCUGAUUGGCUAGACCAGUUUUUGGAGGAUGGAAUUAUGAAUACUGGUGAUAAAUGUAGCAGAGCGGUCACCUUUUCUUGCAGCAAUGAGAUUAAGACACUCCAUCCUGGUCUGGUAAACGAGUCUCGAUUGUCCAAGCCAGCUCAUCUUAUCUCAAACUCUGCGUCUCAGAUCACUACAGUCUUGAAAUCAGAAUAUUCGCACGUUGACGAGGGAAUUGAUCAAAUAAUUACCCAGGUCCUCAAAAACGGUGCCAAAGAGGUGGAGGAAACUGGAAUGCAUCGGAAAGAUUACACUAUAACGCUGCAUCAACCACUCGUGUCCCAGGUUGAACAGACCGUCUACACUCGGCCUAAAUUUCCUCUGCUGUUGCCAAUCUGGGAACCAGAACAGGAAGAGCCAUCCAUAGGUGGCCCGAGGAGAUUGCAUAUUCUACCGAUGUCGAAGAUUCGACCUGAUAUGUUACUUGCCUAUGCAAAAGAGCUGCUCUCUAGCCCGAAUAUGAAGAGCAAGGGAAAUAUUGGUAUGCUGGAGUACCUUUCUUUUAUUUUGAAGAAGUGUAACAUUGACUUGAAAUAUCAAAGCACUAUCACAACUUAG